GUUAGGAACUACCAUCUGGUCCAUGUGGGACAGCAGCCGAGAUGUUCUUCCAGGCAGCAUCAGUUUUUCCUGAGGACAUGCUCUGGGUUCAAGCUUGUUUGUUUUGAUGAGACCAGACAGGCUACCACAGCAGUGUUACCUCCAUCCUAAAGCAAAGCAUCAUGGGUCGAUCAGAGGAAACAUGUCUUCCGCAGGUGUAAAAGGUUUCCAGAUGAGCUGAGUGUGCUGAUGCGUCUGCGUCUGGGUCAACGCUGGUCAGAGGAGAGGACGCUAUUGGUUAUUUUAGGGCAGGAGGGGGAGGAGCUUUCCCAGCAGAAGGUGGGGCCAUGACUCUCCAUUGUCGUCAGUGUUCGGGAACACCAUAAGUUUCCUGCUGCUGCUCCUCCUGGACAGACUCAGAGACAGUAGAGAAACCUGUAUGGAGGAUCUUUGAUGGACUGUGGCACAGCUUCUCCCCGUCCAUCUCUCUGUCCAGACUGCAGUUUUACCUGGACUGCUGUCUACAGGAGAGCACCCCCUGGUGUCACGGCUCGGGACCACACAUCAACGAUUUGGGCCCGUUGGGAGGAGCUUCACGUCCUCACCACAUACCCUUUACCAGCAUCAUCCAGGAGGUGAUCUUUGUCUUGGGAGAUCCUACAGCAGCUGAGCAGCACUGUCGAGAGAACAGCAGCACAUGUUCAUCCAUGACAGACACACAGGUUGGAGCCAUAGAUGAGGUGACCGAUCAGCCUGGCAUUAGAGUAUCAUCCAGACCAGAAAAUUCCCCUCAAAACACGACUCUGCAGGCCAGUCUCACUGAGCUGACACCAAGACUGGAUCCAAUGAGCAACACUUCCCCUCUGAAGUCACUUGCUGCUCCAGACACAGAGGGAGGAGAGACCAAAGCUGUAGUGAAAACCCAGACUGGCAUGGACACUGAACCUACUGGCUCACCCAACAGAGAAAUAAACAAACAAAAGACUGUGAGUGAGGAAACAGUUCAAGGUGGAGCUAAGGAACCACAGCCUCUCACUCUGUCUGGACAUGAGCAGAUUACUAAUGGACACCCUCAAAUGUCAGGGACAAUGAAGGAACCAUGGACAACAGAAGGGAGUAUUACAAUCAGGACUCCUUUUGUACACACACUUCAAACUCCUCAGCACCCAGGACAAGUUGAUCAGCCGUCAGGUGCAGCUAAGCAGGGCUCUUCAAGUAAUGGUGCAUCUGUCGUGGAAAGUGUUGAGACGGCCAUUUCAAGCCCAAUCAUUCAACCUGUGAACCCCACAGCUCCAGGUGUCACAGCAGAAUCCACAAGGGGAGAUGCAGAAACUGCAAGUGCAGAAAUAAUUUUCUACAAUGGGCCACAGGUCUCUGAGUUUUUUAUCACAUCUACUCUUAUCACAGGCUCCGACACAGAAUCAGGGAUUGUUGCUUCCACUGUGUACCCUUCAUCUGAGGGAAGAGUAAUGGAGGCAGGACAGGAGACUUCACCGACAAUGGCUACACCUCCAGUUUCAGUAGUCAGUAGUCCCUCCCUUGAAGCCUUUAAAGCAACAGAAGACAUAUCACCGGAGGCAGCAGUGACAGAGAACUUUGCUGCGCCUCAUAAAGAACUAGCCCUGAACCUAACUGCUAUAACUCCCACACUACAGAGCAAAGAAGCACUAAAUAGCAGGGUCAUCACAGCUGAGAUGGGUAAUAUUUCAGCCAGAGAAAUUAAAGAAAAAACAGAAACUGAAGACAGGUUGGAAAGUGUUUUACUCAAACCAGAAACAUCACCACAACCACGACUUCUCGGUUCAGACGAGGGGAGUGGCAGAGAAACGGAUGAAGAUGAAAUAGAUGUAGGGGUGGAGGAGGAAGCUGAAAGAGAUGCAGAUAUAAAAGAAGAAAAUUAUGAUGGUGACACUGAUAUCUUUGAGGAAUAUAAUCAAUCUUCAUCUGAUUGGAUCUCCCAGUUCAGCAAUGAAGUCUCCGUAGUCCAAUCAGAGACCGAAUCUCCGCAGCAGACUGUCAAAGCAACCAAUCAGCUCCCUACAUACUCAGUCAGACAUCAUGGGGCAGGCCUAAGACCUGGGCUCAGAGGUCAAAGGGGAUUGCAGGGUACUCCUGGACUACCAGGACCACCAGGACCUAAAGGAGACAAAGGCUAUCAAGGUGUUAUGGGCAGGACCGGGCGGACAGGAUACAGAGGCCCCAUUGGUCCCCCUGGGAUGCCUGCCAUUGUCGUAUUUAAAACCUCUGAAGAAGCAUGGGAGGCUUUCAAGAAAAAGAAGAUCUACAACAAGUUGGUGUCUUCCUGGCCUAAACUUAAGGGGCCUCUGGGGCCCCCUGGACCUCCUGGAGAUGACGGACCAAUUGGGCCACCUGGAAUUACUGGGAGGCAAGGACCAAAGGGAGUUCAAGGGAAAAUUGGCAGUCCUGGACCGCAGGGUCUGCCAGGUCCCCAGGGCCGGCCUGGUAGAGACGGGACCCCAGGAAAGGAUGCUGAGGCAGGCCGUCCAGGCUUACCUGGAGAACAGGGUCCCGUAGGCUACAGAGGAGAGAAGGGCAGUAAAGGGGAGCUGGGUGAGUGGGGGUAUCAUGGAGAGGCUGGACCACAGGGAGACAGAGGACAAAAAGGGCACAAGGGAAAUAAAGGAGUCAGAGGCCUUGUUGGGCUCCCUGGCUACAUAGGAGUACCUGGCGCUAGGGGUCCUCCUGGUUUUCCAGGACCAUCAGGAACUCUGGGAGAGAUUGGAUCUCCAGGCUUUAGUGGACCACCAGGCCCACCUGGCAAAAUGGGCCCCAGAGGACUAAAAGGUGUUUUAGGGGUUAAAGGACCUCCAGGUCAUCAAGGUGAACUGGGUCCUAGAGGAGCAGCUGGCCUGCAGGGAGAGCCAGGUCCUGGUGGUAUAGUUGGAUUUCCUGGUGUCCGUGGCCCUCAGGGAAACCCAGGACCAGAUGGACCUCUGGGUCCAAAAGGGGACCCUGGUGAUCUAGGAGAUGAAGGAGCAAUAGGAGAACCUGGACCACCUGGACUUAAUGGAGCCAAUGGGAAUCCAGGAAAGCCUGGACCCUCAGGUGAUCCCGGGUCUAAAGCUAAGCGAGGUGACAAGGGUGAGUCAGGGUUUAAGGGAGACCUGGGGCCUCCAGGACCUCCAGGUAAACAGGGAUUAAAGGGGCGUAAAGGCCCAUCAGGAUUUGAGGGACUUGGAGGACCAACAGGGCCACUAGGACCUCCUGGACCCAGUGGUUUUGAUGGCAUCAUGGGGGAGCAAGGGGAGCAGGGAAAAGAUGGACCAAAGGGAGAUCGAGGGCCAAGCGGUAUUCAAGGAGCUCCUGGGCCUCGAGGUGACAAGGGUCGAGAAGGUCGAGCAGGAUUUUCAGGAUUGCCGGGUCCUAUUGGAGAGAUGGGAAAAUCUGGAGAGAGAGGACAUGAAGGAGAACCUGGUAUUAAGGGAAAGCCUGGAGUCCCAGGGGUGACUGGACCUAAAGGCCUGAAGGGAAAUCAAGGUCAUCUGGGAAACAGAGGACAGGAUGGAGCUCUUGGAGCCCCGGGCCCCAUUGGUGCAAAUGGACUGAAUGGGGAAACUGGACCUACAGGACCAAAAGGAUUACCUGGAAAGACAGGAGCUCCUGGCCUCCAAGGGCAUGUAGGGAAGGGUGGCGAAGCUGGCAGUAGAGGAAUAAAGGGGACACAAGGAAAGCCAGGACAGAGAGGGGUUAAAGGUAAAGAAGGCCCCGGUGGACUUUCAGGGGGUGAAGGACUAAAGGGUAAGAGAGGCGAGGAAGGACCAAGGGGAAAACAAGGCCGUCCAGGUGAGAUGGGCAUGUCUGGACCACAGGGAUACAAAGGACCUCCUGGUAUUCAGGGUAACAUUGGACCAUGGGGUGAGAUUGGGCCCCGUGGCCCUCCAGGUGACGGGGGGCCACAAGGUCUAGUGGGCCCUCGUGGAGUUACAGGUUACCCAGGUAAAGAUGGACCCCAAGGACCAACUGGAGCAGCUGGUGUCAAAGGAUAUAAGGGAUCAACAGGGACUUUGGGGCAGGAGGGAGCUGCUGGUCUCGAUGGUGAGGAGGGUCCAGUUGGAUUGAGGGGACCUGAGGGCCCAGCUGGACAAAAAGGCAUAUCUGGUGAUAAAGGGAACUCUGGACCUCCUGGACAGAAAGGAACAAAAGGAGCUGAAGGUGACAGAGGCAAUCAAGGGCUGCAGGGAAAAAAGGGGCCACCAGGGAAACAGGGAUACAGGGGUGCACCAGGAGACAGAGGAAAACAGGGGGUUCCAGGGCUCAAGGGUGAGCCAGGCACCAGAGGUCCAUCAGGCAUGCCUGGACAGUUUGGACCAGGAGGCAAGACCGGGGCAGCAGGAGUCAAAGGCCAGAGGGGGCUCCAGGGACAAACUGGCCCCCCUGGUAGUAUAGGUCCUACUGGACAAAUUGGACCAUCAACAACAGGACUGCAAGGCAACAGAGGUGUUGAUGGCAAAACCGGAAUCCCUGGACUAAAGGGCCGUCACGGUGUGAAGGGAAAACCCGGUCUUCCAGGCAUCACAGGAGACAUGGGAAUAAAGGGUCAAAAAGGUGCAAAAGGAGAAUCUGGGACACGAGGCACAGUGAGCACACCAGGGAAGAUGGGGUUCAUUGGCCCCCCAGGUAGUAAAGGUCGACCUGGACCUGCUGGUCCUCCUGGGCUUCCAGGAACUAAAGGAAUUCAGGGACCAAAGGGAAAAAGAGCCCAGUCUGGAAGGAAAGGGAAGAAGGGGGGCCGUGGAAGAACUGGAGCUAAAGGCCUCUCGGGGAAACCAGGACCUGCUGGAAGACCUGGAAAACCUGGCCUGAGUGGUUUGGACGGGUUACUGGGGGUUGAGGGUAAUGAAGGAGAUCCGGGUGAUGUUGGUUUCAGAGGAGCGCCUGGAACACCUGGCCAGCCAGGCAAAAUGGGAAAACCUGGGCCUCCUGGGAUCAGGGGAAACAUGGGAGCAGGAGGGUUUAAGGGUAAAACUGGACCAAAAGGAAGACAUGGACCUCCUGGACCGAUUGGGCCAAAGGGUAUUCCAGGACUGAGAGGAAAGAAGGGUGAAUCUGGAAAUCGUGGUACAAAGGGUCUCCCAGGUGACACAGGGAUCCUGGGACCAAUUGGGCCACCGGGGCUAAAGGGAAAUCCUGGUUUGCAGGGACUGAAAGGUCGAAGGGGUCGUAAAGGACGGCAGGGGGUCACUGGUCAUCGUGGUGUACCUGGGCGAAAAGGCUUCCUUGGACUUCCUGGUGAGCAUGGAAAAAAGGGAGUGAAAGGUGUCCAAGGCAGGAGAGGACUAAAGGGAGUGAAAGGAAAGCGUGGACCUCCAGGAAAACCAGGUGCACCAGGCAAACACAGGCCUGCACAAAGACGGCGAUCAAAACUUGAGUCAAGUCCAGGUCAAAGAAAUGAGCUGAGGCCCAAAACAAGAACCAGCACAAGAUCUAAACUGAAAAAUGUGCCCAAGUCCAGACAAACACUGACCCUCCUGAGGAGAGGACAACAAAGGAGAGGACAACAAAAAAGGCCCAGGCCGGUGAGGAGAAGACUGCUUCAAGGAGAUGAGGCGGAGGAAUCCUUCAGCUGGCUCCUGGGAACCAAAGAUGACCCUGCCACCACCUGCCAUGAGCUGGGACUCGUGCAUCCACAUCUGAAUGAUGGUUACUUUUACAUGGACCCCAACCAAGGCUGCCCCUAUGAUGCUCUGAAGGUGUUCUGUAACUUCACAGCAGGAGGAACCACCUGUAUUGACCCUUUAAAGUCUCAGAUUACACUUAGGUGGGAACCAGAAAGGCAAAAAUCAAGAAGAUCUCUCCAGUGGUUUAGUCACCAACAUGGUGGAAACAAGUUUGAGUAUGCUGGUGUGGAUGUUGUCCAGCUGAGGUUCCUGCGGUUACAAAGCCACACAUCUUUCCAGCACAUGACUGUCAGCUGUACAGCAAACCACUCCAUUACUGCUGCCACAACUAAUUCAACCAAUAGGAGCAUUCACCUCCUGGGAGACUCUGGCAAAGAAAUUGGUUCACACCUUAUGACAGUGUCCAGAAAAGGCUGUGAGGUGGAGGUGGUUGUGAGGGUUCGGGGGGGCACUGAGCAGCAUCGAGGAGAUAUGGAGUUGCUUCCCAUCAGAGAUCUGGAUGUGGAGAUGAGGGGACUAUCUCCCCUCAGCCCUGAGACUGCUGUGGUCCUGGGACCCCUCUGCUUCUUGUGACCAAUGAGUAGUGUGUGUGUGGCUGUUUGUGUGUGCGCCUGUGUGUAAUUAAACUCUGUAAAUAUCAUUUUCAUAGCGAAAGCAGGGAUAUAUGAUUUUGAGAUAUUUUACAUGGACAGUUUUGUUAGGAUUAAUUUACUCAGUGUUGUACUGUAUUUUGUGUGUAUUUAUUGAAUUGUCAAAAACUGAAUGAAUUGUAAGAGUUUACCAUAUGAAGCAUUAUAUAAAUGUCCGAAAUGUUAAUGUGGCACCAAAUGUUCAAAUCAAAUUGAUGUGGUAUUUAAUUUUUACAAGUCAGUGUAUUCAGUGUCUCAUCCUCCACACAGGGGAAUGAUGUGCAACACUAUCAAAAUAAAAUGAUUGUUUUAAAUGUGGAAUGAAA